AGUUGGGUUUUCUUGAUCCUGCUGCUUAUAACUUCCCUUUCUUUUUUCUUUCUCCUUACAGUUUUAGUUUCUUUUUCUUGUUUCUUGGUUCUAUCUGCUGCUUCUUCUUCUUCUUCUUCUUCUAUCUUAUUUAAGUUGAAUCUUGAUCUUCUACCUGCAUGUACAAGUACUACUGUAUCCAGCUGACUAACUACAGCCGUUAAUUACUUGAUCCUGAGGAGCAUGGGUGAUCAAGAUCAAUCUUCUGCUGCUUAUAUUCACAUGGUGCACCACCUUAUAGAAGAGUGCAUCGUAUUCAACAUGACCAAAGAAGAGUGCAUGCAAGCUCUUUCCAAGCAUGCUAAUAUCAACCCUCUCAUCACUUCCACAGUGUGGAAUGAGUUGGAGAAAGAGAACAAGGAGUUUUUCGAGUCCUAUAAGAAGAAAAAAGAAGAAAGAAGUGACAAAGCAGAAGAGCCAAAGCAUGAUUGCUGAAUCUUCCAUAAUCGAUAUUAAUGAAUAAGACUACCAUUCUCUUUCUUUCUACCUAGUGCUGGAUUGCUUCCAAAUAUUUUUGAAUCUCACAUUUUCAAAAUAAAAUUUAUGACAAAAAUUAAAAAGAAAUUAUGUUCCUUGUUUA